GGUGAGGGGCGGAGGCCAGUCGGCUUCGAUCCGUCAAACGAUUAUCUGUGGUUCGUUGGUCGAUCCUGCAGUCAAUCCGCACUACGUUUUCGCACCGUUCGCACUUAAUCAUCGACCAGUAGUUGUCCGUACGACGCACGUACGGACGGUGUACCUUCUUCUGGGCCGAGGAUGCGACUAGUUAGUGCGACGAAUUGCUCGUGAUAGAGCGCUCGACGAGUACGUUUACCUGUGACGCACGUGAUACUCAGCCUGCUCCGUACGAUCGAAGCAAAACGGAAGGAAACAAUACUUACCUACCUACCUACACACUCAAUUCACAGAGAAGACAGGUAGAGGGAUUGUUUGUGCAUCCGCUCGUCACUCUCGUACCUCUUCGCCUACCGCUACCACUACCGCUCUCGCUCCUUCUCUGUCUGAUAAACACUGACAUCAACAGCUUCUCCACGAUCGAUAGGACACACACCGGAUACGUGCUAUUUGUGUGUGUGUGUGUGUGUGUGUGUGCGUGUACGUGUGCGUGCGUGCGUGUGUAUGCGUGUGUGUGUUGUGUAUGCACGCGGAAUUGUCAUCCGCUGAGCGAUCAGGCAGCGUGUUCUCUCGCGCGAGACACAUCGGGAGGGUGUCGUGAGAGAAGAACGAGACAGAACGAGAGAGAGAGAGAGAGAGAGAGAGAGAGAGAGAGAGAGAGAGACAGACAGACAGACAGACAGAGAAAAAAGCGAACGGGCCGGCCGAAUUGAUCAUCUCGAUCGCUAACUGACUCGGUGAGGUAGCCGCCGCGAUGAAGGCGAUGGUGGUGAGCCCGGUGGGUGGCCGAGUGCCGCCCAAUCGCGGUGUUCUACACAACGGCCUGGGGAUUGGCGGCACACGACGCGAUCUGGAGGCCGAGGAAGUAGCCGCGUACCUGACCAAGUUGCGCUCGCUGGUGCCGGACAUGCCGCGCAAAAGGAAGCUGUCAAAGCUCGAGGUGAUCCAGAGGGUGAUCGAGUACAUCUGCGACCUGCAGACCACCCUGGAAGAGACGAACGCCGCGCAGCAGGACACGACGACGACGACGACGACGACGACAACGACAAUGCAGUCGUCGAGGCAGCCGCUGGAACCCCUGCUGAACGCCGCGGUGACCACCGGCAGCACUGCCUCGACCACCAGCACGGCGACGACGACGACGUCCAUCACCGCCGCCGCGACCAUCGCCGAACGGUGACCUGUCGGCAGGAGCGAGCACUGAGACACAGGUCGCAUGCGAGAGGUCACUCCGCUCCUCGCGGGCUGACCGCGACUCCAGCGAGAUUUCGCGACGAACGGGCGCCGCUCAUCUUUGAAGAAGGGUGCUCGAGUGGCCUCCCGCGGACUUGAGAACCACGACGUCGCUGACUUUCCGCGGCAAGAGAGUGUUGAUCGAUCGAUCGUUCGACGAAGGGAAAGAGAAAAACGGUAGUCCGCUCGACGGUGUUUGCGCCCGAGACGAAGAUGACGGUGAUGAAGAGAAGGACGUUGACGAGGGGAAGCACGAGAGCCCGAUCUCGAAGUUUCUCUUCCUGCGCGCGAGAGGAAUUUGUAAAUACACUUGUACAUAGGCUCAUCGCAUUCCUCAUGAGAUCUCUUUCAUCGGUUAUAUGGAUCCGGCACGACCUCCCUCCCCGUCCCGCCCCCCUGUUCCUCGUCCAUGUAGUCGACUCUACCGUAUUCCAUGUUCGGUCUCGGCCGAUGUCUCACCGCCGCGAGGCCGCAACAUCGUGCCUCUUUCGUGAGGCUUUCGUGUUUUGCGACAGGUGGAUUGUAAGAAGGAGGACACAAUGCGGGAAUUUCCCAUCGGUAAAUAAAUUAACGUUUUCCGACGAGAGAUCUCGGAGUGGCGAUCGCUCGGCUCGACUCUUCAUCCCGCGACCAGCAUCGAUGUGUUGUACACUGAGACCUGUCCUGUCAUCGAUCACCACCGCUUUCGCGGUUUCACGUGGAUGCACCGUCAAGAGGCAGAGGGCAAAAGCUCUCCCCCUUCUUUCUCUCUCUCUCUCUCUCUCUUCCCCUCCUUCUCUCAAAUGUUUGUUACACUCGAAUCAUUACGGCGCCCCGCCCAACUGCUCGCCGAUCGAUCGCCUUUUCUUGCACGGUCUCUCCUUGGAAAACGCUUCGUCGUCGACAAUCGGCGACAGUUGGAGCAACUUGUAGAUAGCACAGAGAGAAAUUCGUUUCGAGGAAUCGAAAGCAGGUGUAAUAGCGGUGAAACGAGAAUCCGGAUUCCGGAGGGAACGCAUGCUCUAAAUUCGCGCUUGUCCCGACGACGUUGAUGCGAUUCUCGCGUCUCUUGAGUCUCCUCGGCGACGUGGACAAUCAAAUUCACCGAGAUUACUCAACUGGUCCCUUUCGAUUCCCGGUUUAUUUUCCAUUAAGAUUUCACGCUCUACUGUAUCGCUAGUAUCUUUGAUUACUUGUAUGAUUAUUAUAUCGUUAUCGUAGUUUACCCUUAUGUUAUAAUUUAGGAAAGGCUAAUCCUCCCCCUCAUUUUUCAGCCCGCGUGAUUAUUGUAUAUUUGCAAAGACUGAAAGGCUGUAAGUACAUUAUUGCGCGGGCAUGAUACACUCGGACACGUACACACACAACACACACGUGUACGUGUAAACACAAAAUAAACGCAAAAUGUGUCUAUAAGUUA